CCUGUCGGCGUGAAGGCAGACUGUCCCUUCCCUAUUUAUAUCCACACCCCCACGCAACACAAUCUUCAUUCACACACUUCACAAUUAUUCAUUCACACACAAACUCUCUCUUUCACUUUCACCCAUGCACCUUCACUCCCUCCCUCUCCCGACGGAUUCUCCAGCGCCGUCGUCCAAACCCUCAUCCUCCAAAAACUCCCAUUUCCGAGGCGUCCGGAAGCGUCCAUGGGGCCGCUUCGCCGCCGAGAUCCGUGAUCCAUGGAAAAAGACCCGCAAAUGGCUAGGCACGUUCGACACAGCAGAAGAAGCCGCCAGAGCCUACGAUGAUGCUGCCAGAGCCCUCCGUGGACCCAAAGCCAAGACCAACUUCCCCUACUUCAUAACUCCUACAAUUCUUCCAAUCCCUCCUCCAACCUUCGAUGGUGGAAAUGGGAGACAUGUCGCGUUUUGGGGUCCUCCGGUUUGUUUCACGGCGGGUGCUCCGGUGAGGUCGGAGUACAAAGGUUACAAACUGGAGAAUAUUGUGGCGAGUAAGGGGAAGGAGGAGGAGGAGAAGAAGAAACCGUUUUUGUUUGACCUGAACUUGCCGGCACCGCUUGUUUGAACGGUGGAGAGAACAACAGACAUAACAGUGGUUCAAAUGUUUGUUUUGUUUUUUAUUAACCUUUUGCAUGUUGUGGAUUUUGGUUGGAUUGGAUUCGAUUCUACUGUGUUGUUGAUGUACAGUUUAGUGAAUAGGUUUUAGGUUUGAACCCUGUUUUAAUUAAUUAUUCACAAAUGGUAGUACUAGUAGCAUUAAACAUCUGUUUUUCUUUUUGUCGUUUAUGGUGUUUUUCUGGGUCUUUAUUUUUACCAUUGAGAAAAUUACGGAGUUUUUAUGAA